GGGAGCGGGCGGCGGAGCCGAGCCGGGUUUGCGGGGACGGGGGACGGGGACACGGUGGUGUCACCUCCCUCCUUCCAGCCCUUCCCUUCUUUUCCCGACCCUUCGCUGUCCCCAUCCCACCUUCUGCCAGGGGACGGGGACUCCCGCCUGCAUCGCUGCCCCAGGGAGGGGGGGGGGGGGGGGGGAGAAGGGAAAAGCAUCGCUCGGCGGGGGACGGGUCCCCCUCCCUGGGGACUUGGCGACCUGGAGGAUUUCCCAGCGGCAGCAGGGCGCUCCCAGGACCUGAUGGAUUUCUGAUACCUCGCUCCUGAGGGGCUGGAAGGAGCAUGGUUAAACACCAGCCGCUGCAGUACUACGAGCCGCAGCUAUGCUUGUCCUGUCUGACGGGGAUCUACGGCUGCCGCUGGAAACGGUACCAGCGGUCACAUGAUGACACCACCAAGUGGGAGCGCCUCUGGUUCCUCAUCCUCACCUCGUCUUUCUUCCUGACCCUGGUCUGGUUUUACUUCUGGUGGGAAGUCCACAACGACUACAAUGAAAUCAACUGGUUUUUAUAUAAUCGAAUGGGAUAUUGGAGUGACUGGUCCAUUCCAAUACUUGUAACAACUGCUGCUGGCUUUACGUACAUUACAGUGUUACUGAUACUAGCACUAUGUCACAUAGCUGUGGGACAGCAAAUGAACCUGCACUGGCUUCACAAGAUUGGCCUGAUGACGACCUUGAUAACUACCGUGGUGACCAUGUCAUCGAUAGCACAGCUUUGGGACGACGAAUGGGAGAUGGUAUUUAUUUCACUGCAAGCCACAGCCCCUUUCUUGCACAUAGGAGCACUUGCGGCAGUCACGGCCCUGUCGUGGUUGAUAGCGGGGCAGUUCGCACGGACGGAGAAAGCCACUUCUCAGAUGCUGAUGUUCACUGCGUACCUUGCAGUUGUAGUUGCACUUUACCUCGUCCCCCUCACCAUCUCGUCCCCUUGCAUAAUGGAGAAGAAGGCUCUGGGACCAAAGCCAGCCAUUAUAGGUCACCGUGGAGCACCAAUGUUGGCACCAGAAAACACUCUGAUGUCCUUCCAGAAGGCAGUGGAGCAGAAGAUGUAUGGAGUCCAAGCUGAUGUUGUACUGAGCUAUGAUGGAGUGCCGUUUCUGAUGCAUGACAAGACACUCAGGAGAACAACAAAUGUGGAGGAAUUGUUUCCAGAGCGGGCCUACGAGCACUCCUCCAUGUUCAACUGGACUGACCUGGAAAAGCUCAAUGCUGGAGAGUGGUUCCUAAAGAACGACCCUUUCUGGACAGCUGGGUCUCUUUCAAGGUCUGACUACUUGGAAGCUGCCAACCAGUCGGUCUGCAAGCUGGCAGAUAUGCUAGAGGUGAUCAAGGACAACACAUCGCUCAUCCUGAACUUCCAGGACCUGCCACCAGCUCAUCCCUACUACAGCACUUACAUCAACAUCACCCUGGAAACCAUCCUGGCAUCGGGAAUUCGGCAACAGGCUGUGAUGUGGCUGCCGGACACGGAGAGGCAGCUGGUCAGACAGAUUGCGCCGGGUUUCCAGCAGACUUCUGGCCUCAAGCUGGAUGCAGAGCGCAUGAGGGAGAAGGGCAUCGUGAAGCUCAACCUGCGUUACACCAAGGUCACGAACGAGGAUGUCAGGGACUACGCUAUGGCAAACCUGAGUGUGAAUCUCUACACUGUGAACGAGCCCUGGCUGUACUCCAUCCUGUGGUGCGCUGGUGUCCAGUCCGUCACCUCUGACAGCUCCCACGUCCUUCGCAAGGUGCCUUUUCCCAUCUGGCUAAUGCCUCCAGACGAGUACCACCUAAUCUGGAUCACGUCUGAUCUCAUUUCAUUUAUCGUAAUUGUAGGAGUUUUUAUAUUCCAGAACUAUCACAUGAUCAGGUGGCGCCUAGGAAGCAUCAGGACCUACAACCCGGAGCAGAUCAUGCUCAGCGCUGCUGUCCGCCGGUCCAGCCGGGAUGUCAAGAUCAUGAAGGAGAAGCUGAUCUUCUCAGAGAUCAACAACGGCGUGGAGACCACGGACGAGCUGUCUCUCUGCUCCGAGAAUGGCUAUGCCAAUGAGAUGGUCACCCCCACGGAUCACCGGGACACCAAGCUGCGGAUGAACUGAGGGGCUCUGGUCCAACCCCGGCGCGUGGCGUCCCCCGCGUUCGCUCCGGCAGCGAAAGCCGUGCUUUCCUGCUUGCUGCGGGAUGGGAACCUUUGAGGAACUGCUGGUCGGGCAGAGACCCCUUCCCAUACCCCAUCACUAGCUGCUCCACCUCCCUGGUUGUGAGGUCGGGGGGCUUAUUUUUGUAAAUAUGUAGAAAAUCUGAAUUUUUUUGUCUCUUUUUUUUUUUUGAGUGUAAUUUUUCCAGGGCAUGAGUGGAAAUACCGUGUUAAUUAAAUCCUCGACCUUAUGGCUGAAGUUAUUUGAAUCUUGACGUGACAGCCUGAGUCCCCUUGGGGGGUUCUGGGAAAAACACGUUGGACGUGUCUCCCCUUUCUCCCCCUUGCCCUGCUCCACUCCUUCCCUUGGUGCAGCGACUGUGUAGCUGAACGUUGUGAUGUUCUCGUGAAGUGUUGUUUUUGUUACUGUUUUUUUUUGUUUCCCCUCCUCUUCCCCCUUUCCUGGGCGAUGAAGUUUUAGCUCUAAUGCAACAGGAGGCUGUUUAGAGGAGAGAAGCUUUCCUAGGAGAGGAGAUAACACUGCUCUUCCCUGCUGAAGUUCGGAGCCAGGGAAGGGGUUGCACUGGCUCAGUCACUUGGGCACCUUCUGCCUGUCCCAUCCUCCUUUCCCAAAGCCUGGAUGCUCGCAGGGGAAUGGCGCUCUUGAAAAGUCCUGCCGCAGUCUCGAAGGCAAAUCUACAGCCAACACUCGGGAUUUGCCUCUGCUGGCAGCAAUGCUUUGAUUCUUGAUUUUUUUUUUUUCUUUUUUCUUUCUUCCUACCUUCUCCCUGAGUUGGGCUCUGUCGGGAGCCCCGAUGGCUUGCAAAAAGCAAUGCCUUUGGCACCAUCACCACUCAGAUCUGGCUAAAGUGCCUGCCACUCCAAGUGGCGUUUGCAGUCGCUCCUUGCUUCCCUGUCCUUGCAUCCGUGUAGGAAGAGGAGGUGGUGGUCCAGUGUGAACUUCCCCCCUCUCUGGGCCAAGCAGAUGCCCAUGGGUGAAGGCGUUGUAAAUAGUUUGGAAGGUGAAGCAGCCCCGGAGUGUAAUUUAUUCCUGCAAGGAGACCUUCCUCCUUGCUUUAAAAGCAGGAUCUUUAAAAGCUGCGUGUUCACGUCCUCCAAAGGAGUGACGGUCUUGCAGCAGAUGCUGACAGGCUCAUGAAGGUAAGAGCUCGGAUCAGCGUGUUUCCAAUGCAAAAGGCUUUAAACCAAAAUCCAAGACCAGAGGUUAAAAGAAAAAAAAAAAAAACAAACCAAAACCAAAAGCUCAGAAACUAAGUAGAUGACAGUUGCAUUUUAUCCCCUCCCUGAAACGGCUCACAGCCAGCCCAAGGGCGGUCUGAGCUUUCUGCUCUUGACCUUCAAGGCCUCGUGGAGAGGAGCCUGUUUUUGGGUCACUUUGCUGUUCACACGGAGCCGGUUCCCAAGGCAGCUGAAGCCAGCCGGAAGGCUGCUGGAGCUGUGAAUGGGUCUUGGCUCAGUCCCCGUGGCCUUCUGGUGUGGGGUUGCUUCCUUCCUUGCUGGAUCUUGGUCGAUGCGACGUGCAACGUGAGAAAUCCCAUUGAGCGCGAGCUUCCUUUGAAGCUUGGUGUGUGCUGCCUUGAAAGCGAUGGGACCGUCAAAGUUGUUUCCCAUGGAGGGAAUGGGAGCUGAGGCCGAGUCUUCAGGUGCUGGCCAAGCUGGGUUGCAGAGACUGUGAGCGGCUGGGAGAAGUCGCCUUGUAGACAAGAAGGCGGUCUGGGGGAUGCUGGUGUGCGUCACAUUCAACGCACAAAGCAGGCUUGCAAAGACCAGAAACAAGCCACAAUAAAAACAGCCUCGAGCAGUUUGUUCUUGUUUUGGCAGCACUGAACUGCUCUAUUUUUUUUUUUUUUUUUUUUUAGCUGUACUCCAGUAGUGUUUUGAAACCCCAAAGUCUUGGACUUGGUGUGUAAGAAUUGGGGGCAAAAGUGGCCAAAUUAUCUAUGUAAAAGAAAUACACCCCUAUUAAUAAUGAAAAUAAGAAUUGUCAUGCUUUAAUAAGCACCUCCUAAGCAGUGCAAAUCAAGACUUUAAUUUGUUUGCAUCUACCCUGGGUUUUUAUGAAUGUAAGUGGAAUAAGACCCUGGUCCAUGCUGCCUCUUACCUUCCCCAAAUACUGUCCUUCUAUAUGGUACUCUCUCAAGUCUGUGAAAUACAGUGUGGUUUUUCUGCAAAAUUGCAAGAUUUUGGUGGAUUUGAAGGCUUUUGAGAACAAAGUUGCUUCUCCCUUUAAUGUGGUGCUGUAUUGAAACAUUCCUGGUGGAUUGUCAUUGCCAAGUGAGAGAUCUUGUUUAAAUCUCAGCAUCUGUUGAUAAUCACCUGCAUGUUCUGUUUUUAUCCUUGGAGAUGACUUUAUUGAAAGGUCAAGUGCUUAAAAGCUUGGAAGUGUUAAAAGCAAUCCAACAGAGAGUUGUUUUCACAAUUCACUUUUCUUCUUUUUUUUUUAAUGAUGAGACCCAAACUUUAUGCGUAAUGCACUGACUGUUACCAUAAUUGUCCUGAAUAUUUGCUACCUUUCUUUUUAAAAGGAUGAUACUUUUUUGAUGAAAAUAGACCUAGACCAAAAUAAACUCUGCAAUGCUCUGUGAAAUAAACUGUCAGUAUUCCCCUGCCA